CUCCCUGCGUCUGGCUUCCCCUGCCUGGCCUGCCUGGGCCCCCGCUGUGUGGCCCCCCUCAGUGUCUGCACUUGAAGCCCUCCCUCCUGCUUCCUCAAGAGCAGCCAUGGCCGCCUACAAAGUCAAGGUGGCCACGGGUACCGACCUCUUGUCGGGAACGAUGGACUCCAUCUCGCUGACCAUUGUGGGGACCCAAGGAGAGAGCCACAAGCAGCUGCUGAACCAUUUCGGGAGAGACUUCGCGACUGGGGCGGUGGACGAGUACACCGUCCGCUGCGAGCAGGACCUGGGGGAGCUCAUCAUUAUCCGCCUGCACAAGGAGCGCUACUCCUUCCUCCCCAAGAACUCCUGGUAUUGCAACUACGUGCAGAUCGGAGCCCCAGAUGGCCGCGUCUACCAUUUCCCCGCCUACCAAUGGAUGGACGGCUACGAGACCCUGGCCCUCAGGGAGGCAACAGGAAAGACAACAGCAGAGGACACGCUCCCAAUCCUUCUGGAGCAUCGACAGGAGGAGAUCAGAGCCAAGCAGGACUUCUACCACUGGAGGGUCUUCGUUCCAGGCCUGCCCAACUACGUGCAUAUUCCCAGUUACCGCCCUCCUGUCCGGAGAAACCCCAACCGGCCCGAGUGGAAUGGUUAUAUACCCGGCUUCCCGAUUCUCAUCAACAUUAAGGCCACCAAGUUCCUGAACUCAAACCUCCGCUUCUCCUUCGUCAAGACGGCCUCCUUCUUCUUUCGCCUGGGGCCCAUGGCUCUGGGCUUCAAACUCCGCGGCCUGGUGGACUGCAAGCAAUCGUGGAAGAGGUUGAAGGACAUCAAGAAAAUCUUCCCCGCCAACAAAUCUUUCAUCUCCGAGUACGUUGCCGCGCACUGGACAGAGGACAGCUUCUUCGGGUAUCAGUACCUCAAUGGCAUCAACCCAGGCCUGCUCCGCCGCUGCACGCAGAUCCCGGACAAGUUCCCCGUCACAGAUGACAUGGUGGCCCCGUUCCUGGGCGAGGGAACGUGCCUGCAAGCGGAGUUGGAGAAGGGGAACAUUUACCUGGCAGACUACCGCAUCUUGGAAGGCAUCCCCACCAUUGAGCUCAACGGAAGGAAGCAGCAUCACUGUGCGCCCCUCUGCCUGCUGCACUUCGGCUCGGAGGGGAACAUGAUGCCCAUCGCCAUCCAGCUCAGCCAGACCCCUGGACCCGACUGUCCCAUCUUCCUGCCCAGUGACUCUGAGUGGGACUGGUUGCUGGCCAAGACAUGGGUGCGCUACGCGGAGUUCUACUGCCACGAGGCCAUCUCCCACCUGCUGGAGACGCACCUCAUUGCAGAGGCCUUCUGCCUGGCCAUGAUAAGGCAGCUACCCAUGUGCCACCCCCUCUACAAGCUGCUGGUCCCCCACACCCGGUACACCAUCCAGAUCAACAGCAUCGGGCGGGCCCUCCUCCUCAAUGAGGGAGGGCUGUCUGCCAGGGGCAUGUCUCUGGGCCUGGAAGGCUUUGCGGAGGUCAUGGUGCGGGCUCUGUCAGAGACAACCUACGACAGCCUCUACCUCCCCAAUGACUUCGUGGAGCGCGGGGUCCAGGACCUGCCGGGGUAUUACUACCGUGAUGACUCCCUGGCAGUGUGGGACGCACUGGAGAGGUACGUGACAGAGAUCAUCACCUACUAUUACCCGUGUGACGCGGCUGUGGCGGGUGACCCGGAAUUGCAGUCUUGGGUGCAGGAGAUAUUUAAGGAGUGCCUCCUAGGGCGUGAGAGCUCAGGCUUCCCUCAGUGCCUGCGCACGGUGCCCGAGCUGAUCAGAUACGUCACCAUAGUCAUCUACACCUGCUCGGCCAAGCACGCUGCUGUCAACACAGGGCAGCUGGAGUACACAGCCUGGAUGCCCAACUUCCCAUCGUCCAUGAGGAACCCACCGAUGCAGGCCAAGGGGCUGACCACUCUGGAGACCUUCAUGGACACAUUGCCUGAUGUGAAAACCACGUGCAUCACCCUGUUGGUGCUCUGGACACUCAGCCGGGAGCCCGACGACAAGCGGCCUCUGGGCCACUUCCCCGACAUCCACUUCGUGGAGGAGGCCCCGCGGAGGAGCAUGGAGACCCUGCGGCGCCGCCUGGCCCAGAUCUCGCACAAUAUCCGUCAGCGCAACAAGGGGCUCCCCAUCCCCUACUACUACCUGGACCCGGUGCUGAUAGAGAACAGCAUUUCCAUCUAGGACCACUCCCCUGCCUUGCCCCUCCUGCUUGCGCCUGUUUUCAGGAAAAAACAAAAACAAAAAAACAAACCUUGGCACAGCGCUGAGUCUGUCCAUGCCCCGGGCCAUUUACCCCGGGGCCAAUGGAGGGGUGCGGGCUGGGACGAUGCCGUUCACCACUGCUGGGUCCAGGUAGGCUCAGGGCCCCAGUGCCAGGCCCCGGUCUGCUCCGAUGUCCAGUGAGAGCCAAGCCAGGAGGCUCCAGAAGGCAGGGAUACCCCUACCCCUGGUGCCGCCCUGAAGUUCUGGGAGAUGGCAAGGUGCUUCUGGGGAUGGCAGGAAAGAAGGCUGGGACCCUGCACCCUGCCACCCCGGGCCCUGUCUUUCAACCCCAAGCGAUUCUGGUUCAUCUUAAGUGCCCCUGCCUUGGGGCCCAGACCUUCCAGGAUCCCAGCCCACCAGAAAAUCUACCCAUGGACCAGUAUCACCUGAGCCCUGCCCACCUAGGCACCCAGACCACCCAAGACCAGUCCAAAUUGAAACAUAAACUACCCAUCUACCCAGGCAAAAGACCACCCUGAGGAACCUAGACCACCCAAGCCAUGCUCACUUUGAAACCCAGCCAGCCCUAAGCUACUACGAACCCAUAUCCUACUAGGAACCCGUAACACCCUACCCCACAGCACAUUACCUACCAAAACCUACAUCCGUCCAGGCUCGGCCCACACAGGAGCCCAGCCUGCUAAGUGCACCCUCCAAGUAACCCGUCCCCAGGAUCCCUUCCUCACCCCUACCCACUCUUCUGGAACCCGAGAAUCACCCCCUUUCAGCACCCACUGGGCCUUACUUUUGGUUUCAUCGCUGACUCCCUGGAGCUGCACAAGGGCUUGGCAGGUGGACUUGACCUCAGGGAGUGAGUCCACUGGG